AUGUACGUUAAGUGGAAAAGACAAGGAAAUUUAUUUUUUUCUUUUAAUGGAGAACAUCAGUCUGUCACAGACUCCAAUUUUUCAUCGGCUAGAUUAUUAUCUGAAUCGGAUUUAUCCAAAGGUGUUGCCUCUAUAUUACUUAACAAGAAGGAAGCAAUUCUUGGAAAUUACAGUUGUGAGGUGACGGAAUCAAACAGAGAAGGAGAAACUACUGUUGAGCUUAGGAACAGUUCAGGAUCAUGGUUUCUUCCAGUGGAAAGUGCUUGCAUCAUAGUGUUGCUAUUCUUAGCUAUUAUUUUCUGUUGGACUCAGUUAAGUGUUAUUGCAUCAAAAUUUGAAACCGUAUUUCAGAAGAAAAUCAGCAUUAUUAUAGCAUGUAGCAUCUUCACAAUUGUUGCUAUUGCAGGUGUUAUUCUCUUUGUGCCAGAUGGCUAUACUCCAGGAACUCAAGCUGGACUUGGUUUAAUUGUAAUCCCUGCUCUGAUCCUAUUGCCACUUCAAUGCCUUCUAUUUGGAAUGGUUUUGGAUAGUCUAACAAAAACAGCAUAUGCUCUGCUAGCUUUGGAAUUUAUUGGUUAUAUCAUAGCUGUGGCUGGUUUUGCACUGUGUGUCUCAGCCUGUCCCGUGUUAAAUGGGUCUGUUGUGAUUGCUGGCUUGGCUAUUAUGGCUAUUGGAGCUUUGCUUAGUCUGGUUUAUGUGUGUUUUGUGGGUUCCCGCAUGAAAGAGCAUCAUCCUCCAAGGAAAGCUGUAGAAGAACCAUUAAAUGAUGCAAAAGGAGUGAUGUUAGAACUAUGUGUAACUAAUGAGAAGAACUGAAUCCGCUGCAGAGGUGGGUGAUGUGUGGAAAGAAAUUCACCGUUGUUUAUACACCGUGGCCUUGAAGAUGCACUACUCCAAGAGAAGAAAUUCAGGAAAACUAGCUGUUUUGCAUGUGUGGCAAAAGUGCUUUUGAUAUAAAUGAUGUAUUUUGUAGUCACAGCAGCCGUAGCGAGGAACAUGUGUGUCUACCCACAUGUGAACUCUGUUUUCUUCUAUUAUGGUAUAUAUGGUGUGGUUGAGGGUGAGAAUAUAAAAAGCACUGUUUGCCCACCACAGGGUCUUCCUGUAGUAUCCUUAGUGGUAUUAUUUUUCAAAACCAUCAUCAGUCACUGCUUUGGUAAUGGGCCUGCUCGGCCCAGAGAUUGCAGUACCAU